AUGGCUGGAGAUGCUAUUCCUAUUAAGCGAAAACUCGGAUACAGUGUUGGACAUGCGUUUAAUGACCUCACGGCGUCAAUGUGGUAUACCUACCUUAUAGCCUACUUUCAUGAGGUCAAACAUUUUGAUGACACAUUGGCCGGAGCGCUGAUGAUGAUCGGACAGUCAGUGGACGCAGUGUUAACUCCACUGGUUGGAUUAGCCUCGGACAACAGCAAAUCAGGUUGCUGCAAAAUCGGUAGAAGAAAAUCCUGGCAUUUAAUAGGGACUAUAUGUAGUUGUCUAGGGUUUCCAUUCAUUUUCAUACCUUGUUGGUUCUGUGGCGGAGUUCCAGAUUGGGCACAAUUUAUUUACUAUGUUCCACUUGUUGUUAUAUUUUCAUUUGGAUGGGCCUGUGCUCAAAUUGGACAUUUAGCUCUUAUCCCAGAAAUGACGCUUUCUACGAUAGAAAAAGUGCAGCUUAAUGGAUGGAGGUAUGCUAUAACCGUCCUUUCACAUAUGUUUGUUUACCUGCUGGCCUGGUUGUUUUUUGAUGCACACAGAUCAGAAGAAGCAAGCACUUAUCUUAACGAAGAGGAUGGAUACAUAUUCAGGGAUCUGGCAAUAUGCGUUGUUGUUGUAGGAGUGAUAUGCAGUUGUAUAUUCUACUGGCUUGUUCACGAAAAGGACAACCCAUUACCUGGAACUGGCUAUGAAAAGAAAUUGCAGAGUGAUAGAGAAGCAAAAAAUGACAAAGGAAAGGAUUUAAAGGAAACCACAGUAGAAAAAAUAGAUAAAAGUAAACCACUUGAGACUAAUUCUACUGAAAAUAAAAAACAAACCCCCUUAUUAAAAUUAAAGGGUAUAGUUAAAUCAAAUUCUUCUCAGAGUAUUUGCAGGACUCAUGACAAGCUUGAAAGAAACUUAUCUUCAAUGUCUUGUCCCGAAAAUGACGUUUUAGCAACAAUCUCCUCAAUAUCAAGCCCCGAAAAUGACAUAGAAAUGUCCCAACUCACGCACGGUCAAAAUACUGCUAUUCCUGGAAUUCUAAAGGAUAAAUCAAAGACAUGCAAACCAAACACUACAAAGAAAAGAAUAUCUUUUGUAUCUGAUCAUAGCAUCAUAGAAGAAGGCAGAAAUGAACAGAAGGCUGAUAUAGAAGAACAAAAAGUGAUACUUCACAAACACUGGAAGGACUGGUUUAAAGAGCCCAGUUUUUAUCAGGCAAGACUUCUUUUCCUUUUUAUAGAAAUAUGA